AUGGAUCCCUCCGAACUUCGGAGGGUUGAAUUGCUGCACUCUCCUUCAGAUACUGAUGAAUCGAGGCAAUGGUAUGUUUUGGAUGCCAAGAUAUGUGGAGUUAAACCGAACACGUUUUUGUCAAGCAGCCCAUUAGUUCGGAAUUUUCCUGGUGAAUUUACCACGGUGCAGCUCUCGGAGUUGAAAAAUGGCGGGAGUUUCGAUCGCCGGCACAUUCAACACAGCAAAGUAGCCAUCGCCACUCUAUUUGGAGUUGUUUCUGCUAUCCUCCGGCAGAAAUUUAAAGAAGGAAAAGCAGAGCAGUAUCGAUGGCUGGUCGAUGCGAUAAAUUCGCUUAAAAUUGGAAAAUUGGAAACGGAAACAAGCGAUAUUCGACUUGAGUCAAGCGGGGCCGACUUUCGGGAUCAGCUUAAAGCUGCUAGUGAUGUUGCAUCCGCAAUCGAAAGGGAAAACGAAGGACUUAAAGCCCAUCUCGAUCGAGCCCAGAGGCAGCUAGAAUCUCUGUCUGAAGAUGUAAAGAAAUUGAAGCAAUUAAUUGAAAGCGAGCAAAGGCCAGAGACGAACAAAACCGAGGGAGAUGCGAAAGAGGAGAAGAUCGCCGAUCAAGAUGUGUGGACCUCGAUCAGCGAUGUGUGCGAUAAAUUCCAGAUCUAUCUCGCUGAUGUUAUUGCCAAUGAAAAGUGCCGUCCCCAGGUCGCACGAGUGCUCAGCGACAUCGCUGAAAAAAUAAGAAGCAACAGCAGCAGUCCAUUGCAAGCGCUGGAAACUAUAUUGGGUGACAGCAGUGUAAAGUUUUUGCAAUCGCUUCGAGUGCCAGACUGGACUUUGCUGUAUUUCAAACUUCAGUCGAGGAUCCCAGACCAAGCCUGGCAAACGUUGCUUAACAUUUCCAAGCUAGGACGAACCGGCGUAAGUCAAAACGUUAAAAUUUUGUUAUAGAUUUGAAAAACUGUUUUUCUGUCUUAGGUUUUUUUGUGAAUAUUUGAAUUUCUGAUAAGAACUCAUUAGUUUGUGCUUAAGCCCGUUUAAGCUUACAUGUAAGUAAAUGUAUGCGUUUGAUUAGUCUUAAUACAAUAUGCUGUUUUUGUUUUUCUUCUUUCCUCACUUGCUGAGGUUCAAAGUGUAUUUUUUUUCAAUGUUUCACCACAGAUAAUACUAGCUACAGAAGUAAACAGUAAAUGAAAAGAUAUACAUAACAGUAAAUAAAUAAAAUUAAUUGCUUUUGUCGGGCUUGUUUGUUAUUAAACUAAAAAGAUGAAUUCACAUGCUCACAUUUCUGACAAUUCUGAAAAUUCUUUUGGUUGCAGCUGUUUUGCACCCUGUUUAAUACUUUGAUGUGCAAACAACACAGUCAGUUAUGUGAAAAGAAUGUGAACCCCUUUUUCUUUUGACCAACAAGCCCGCGUUGCAUGCCUAAGUCGGUGGCCUUGCAGUGAAAUCAACUGUCAAACAUAUCUUUGAAUUCAUAGUCUACCUGUUUUUGUAGCAGAAGAGUCCAUUUUUGAAUCACAUUAUUAAAUUGAGUAACAGAAAAUGCAUAAUGUGAUUACAGGACCUGCAUUGAUAGCAGUUUUUUCUUAAAACUGAUGCAGCAAUCCUGUAUAAAUACGUUUCAAUUAUUAUUAUUAUUAUUAUUAUUAUUACUAUCAUUCUCAAUGACUCUUUUUGACCUUCCCUGUCCCUAUCAUAAAGAGUUGUGAUGCCAUAUUACUCGAUCGAAGUAAUAUGGUUAGUUGAAUGUGGCAUCCUAUUCAAGAAGCAUCUUUCCCUCCAUUUGUCUCUGUAGGCUAAAACUGACAUUCCAAUCCUGUUGAAUAAGAACCAAAUAAAGGCAUUGCGCCAGAUGAUAUUUGGUGUGGUCAAAAAAGCUUUGGGCAUCAGUCCCUUACCAGAUGGAGCACCACAUGGCUACCUGGUGAACCUGUCAUCAACAGUGGCUUGGGCUGGUAGAGAGGCGCGACUGCAUGACCCUGACAAGGAAGAUCUGGAUGUCAACCUCAAGCUAGACGGAAGACCAUUUUGUGGUAUGUUUGACAAUAAUAUUUGUUUAUGCUUUAAAAUUCCCAGAAACACAGCACAAUUUUUUUGCUUGGCACUUGGUUACCAAAUUAAAGCCACAGUUACUUAUGUCGAGGUUCUCCAAGAUAUGUUAUUUCCCAUCUGUUAAGUGACAUGUGCAUCGAUCAGCUCUAUCAUCAUCAAAUGUUACUUGUGCAUUUCAAUUAAGACAUCAACCGUUAUUACUGCAAUGUCAGUUAGUGAUUACAAGUUCUAAACAAUAGUCACCAAAUGAAUACCAAUUAUUGUUAAGUUACAGAGUAUUCAUGUGCUUCCUUGCCUUCAUAGGUCGGCACCAGGUAUUGUUUGGCAUUGUGCCUAUCGAUGUUGAACAUGCUUCAAGUGAAAGCUGUAAAAGUGUCUACCCAGUAGCUGUUGCUAAUUGCCAAGAAAACAGG